AGCUUCUUUGUCGAACGCUGUUCCCGGUCAAGCCAACCACUGCCUCUGGGAUCCUCCCGUCCCUGCCUUCCAGCUCCCGUGCAAAGACAGCGAGAGGUGACGAGUCGGGGGAUGGCGACGCUCAUGCCCUGGCACGUGAAUUUAAGUUGAUAAAAAAACGGGCAGUUCUGCAACAAGCAACUGCUGCUUGCGUGUGUGCCGUUGUCUUCGCCGCGGGGGGAAAGGAGGAGGCGACGAUGCAAUCGCUCUCAUCACUGUUGACGUUCCCUAUUUCCUCCUCUUCCCACCAGAGCAACGCGGAAAGGACUCCGCUGCCGCCCCCGUCGACUCACAUCGUGAGCACCGCGACGCAGCCUGCGCCGAGCUCCUUUCUUCCGCUUCACUACGCCCGUCUCUUUCUGGCCGCAUCACGACCGGUCGUUUGGGUGUGCUGCGAUGCCGCGGGCAAGGCACAUUGGCGAGCACUGCUUCGAAAAGCCACAGGCGCAAGCGCCGCUACUCUCGAAGCGCACUGGCACUUUGUCGAUGCGACGGCGGGCGAUGCAUUCGAUGGCCGGCCCACAGAGCGCCUGAAGAGGCUUCAUGGCGCAGUGGAAGCGACGAUACAAAAGGCCUGCCCUGCCGCGUCGUCCACGCCCUUGCCAUCUUCUUCGUUUAAGAGCCGAACGUGGGAACAAGCAAGGGCGCUCGUCGUUCUCGAUGACGCUGCAGCCCUGGCGUGGGCUCUUGACGGCACGGCUGAGGAUUGGAUUGAGGGGGACGAGCAGGAGCAAGCUCCCAACCACGAUCGAUUCGAUGGCCGACUCGAGCUGCUUCGCAGGUCUGGUAAAAAGGGCGGCGUCAAGGAAGAUGCGACGGGCAAGGGAGUAGCAAGGUGGAUCGAGGGCCUCGCACAGCUGUGUGCCCAGUACGACUGCGCACUGUUGACGCACAUGACUGUCGAAAAUACGACCAUCAUCCCGCCGAGUCUGAGCAACCCGCACUCGUCAUCACGCGGUGGUCAUGGCGUCGGGACUGGGUUCGACGCCGACGAUGCGGGCGAAGAAGACGACGAGGACCUCGUCUUUGAAGAGAUCGACGACGAGCUCGAGUCUGCUCCCGCUGCACCGCAUGAGGACAUCUCGACGGUGGAAACAAAGACUAAACUAAUCACCGCAAGCAGCUCGCUGCCUCCAGAUGAUACAAUUGACUGGCGGGUCGACUCGCUUUUGCGCGUGCUCCUUGCUUCGGCCGACUUUUGGAUCGAAGUCCGAGGCCUCCGGAGCGGAAAGGCGAGAGACUGCCACGGCGAGAUCUGCAUACACCCACUCGUCCGACCGCUGCAGGCCCAGGGCAAACCUCUGCCCCGCUUGCCCCUGCCUCUGGAUCCCUUGCGGCACGAUCGCCGACGUGACGCCAGCGCACGAUCCCUGUCCCACCUCAACAACCUUUCCCUCUCGUCUUCCAACGGCGUCGGCACCGCAAAGAAAACCACCUUGCCAAUUCGAGCCUGGGAUUUCGAAUGCUGGUCUCCAUCUCGAGACAAGGCGAUGCUCUUCCGGCUCGAUCAGUCGGGCGAAGGCGCCGUCUGGCCAAGAGGCAUUCCUUCUUCAUCAUCCUCUGCAUAACAUUCCCUCUCUUCUCCAAUUCUUCACUUUCCGAGAACAAGACAACCAAGUGUACAAGUACGCAUGAAAUCAUUAAAAUAGACGACCCUCUCCCUUCCCUGAUCCUCACUUUUCGCCGACAUUCUUGAAGCGACGGAGGGCGCGCUCGCGCGCAAACUUGUGUUCGACAAUUGGUUCGGGGUAGUCGAGUUUCUGGAUGUCAGAAGCUCACCUUGAACUCUUCCUUUGACAGCCUCUCGAACG